GACGGUCUGACGAUCCGUGAUGGUCGUGUCGGGGAUUUGGCGAUUGUUUAUUUAGGCGAUGGAUGUUGGCGUCCUCUAUUGCUCCCUCCCGAAGUGGAAGUAGUUACCAAAUCGAAAGUGAUGCGUUCAUCCAACGAGGAGGAGGAGGAGCGACUGUAUGAUCAUGGUCCACCACAGUCGCAGAAGCAGCAGCGGAAAGAACUGCCUGUGCAGCAGCGUACACAACACCCAGUCAAAACUCAGAAAAGCACCACUCAUCUGCAUGCACAUUUCCAGUCAACACUGAGCGAUACCGCUCAAUUUGGUGAUCAGUUCAGGACGAUUCUGACCGCACCGUCGAACACGAAUAAGGUAGACCCGAAUCACAUCGGAACGGUCCCUGUUUCCGUUUCUUUGUAUGAUUUACUCCGGCAGAAGUUAGCGGCAGUAAAUCCUGUGCUGAUGGGACUUCUGCCAAACACUGGCGGCCCCGUGCAAAUACCUGAUACCGUACCAGCAGCACCAACAACCGCAGCCGCAGGAGCGACCACAAUACUAAUCCCAGCAACACCAUCAAAUACCCCUACAGUUGCCAUUAAUCCAAUUCCAUCCACAUCGACUCCAUGCAUAACCCUGAAUCCUCAAACGUAUACAUUGAUCCCGAUUACCGUACCAUCUCAUGAAUUGAAUCGAAAAUGA